UUACUCAUCAACGCGGAAACGGAAAUUCAGUGCGGAGUCUGCAUUUCCACGUCAGGAAAGACAACAUGGAAGGAGGAAUACUGGAACCCUCUCUGUACACGGUGAAAGCCAUCACAAUCCUUGACAAUGAUGGCAACAGAUUGGUGGCAAAGUAUUUUGAUGACACCUUUUCCACAGCAAAAGAACAGAAACAGUUUGAAAAAAAUCUGUUCAACAAAACUCAUCGAGCCAAUGCGGAAAUUAUAAUGUUCGAGGGUCUCACAUGUGUAUAUAAAUCUAAUGUUGAUUUAUUUUUCUACGUCAUUGGGUCUACACAAGAAAAUGAACUCAUAUUAGCAAGUGUUCUGAACGCCCUGUACGAUGCCGUGAGCCAGAUUCUACGGAAGAACGUAGAGAAACGAGCCCUGUUAGAGAACCUAGAUGCAGUAUAUUUGGCUGUGGAUGAAAUCUGUGAUGGAGGUAUUGUAUUGGAAGCUGAUUCUAGUGCCAUUGUGCAGAAAGUCGCGAUCAGGACAGACGACAUUCCUCUGGGAGAACAGACCGUAGCUCAGCAAAUAACCAGAAAGCUUGAGGUUCUCCAGUCGGCCAAGGAACAGAUCAAGUGGUCAUUGUUGAAGUGAUGGGGGAAGACGAGGAAGGAAUCACAUCACAUCCAUCGGUCUACUUCCUGGUCCAUGUAUCAUGUAACAUCCGUCACCUACUGUCAUCCUUCACAUCUUGUCACAUGUGCAGUGAUGUUACAAUUGAUGAUGUGCCACGUGGGCCAUUUGUUUCAUGGUUCCUUCAAUGAAUUAGGCUGCUGUCUGUCUAGGAGAACUCUGACAUUGCAUAAAUCCACUCAGUUCAUGGUUAAUGCAAUUUUUGUAUAUGACAAUAUUGCUAUUCUAAAUUUUUUAAAUAAACUGAACAAAAAACGUUAAGGAUCAUG